AAUUGAAAACUUAGUUUUUAAAAAAUGUUUUCGAUAGUUAUGUGAAAGUAAAUUUAGUGAAAAAGGGGAAAAGCAUUUUUUAACAUAUAUAUAGUAAAUUGAAUGAAAUAAUUAAAAUUUUAAAUAUAACCUCUUGAAUAAAAUAAUGGUUUUACUUCGAAAUUUUAUUCUUCUCGCAUCGAUUUGUGGUGUUUUUCCGAGUAGUAGAGCAUCACGAGUUCUGGAGUUGAGCGAUAGAUUUCUGGAUAUACGUAAAGAGGGACAAUGGUUACUCAUGAUGUACGCUCCUUGGUGUGCACACUGCAAAAGUUUAGAACCAAUUUGGUCUCACGUAGCUCAACACCUCUACGCUAGUCCAAUUCGCGUUGGGCGUGUGGAUUGCACUCGAUUUACAAAUGUGGCUCAAACUUUUAAAAUCAAAGGUUUUCCAACAAUUUUAUUCUUGAAAGGAGAACAAGAAUUCACCUAUCAUGGCGAUAGAUCGAGAGAUGAAAUUGUCAAUUUCGCAUUGAGAUUGAGUGGUCCACCUGUACAGGAAGUAACAAAGACUGAAAGUUUUGAUUUUUUGAAAAAGGAACGAGAUUUGUACUUUUUAUACGUCGGUGAAAGAGUUGGACAAUUUUGGGAGCUUUAUCACAAGACUGCCGAUGUUUUCCAAGCUCAUGCUUUUUUUUACCAAUCUCAUCCAAAAGUCGUAGAUAAACAUGCACCUGUAGAAAAUACACCCGCCUUAUUUGUAUAUAAAGAAAGCACUCAUUACAAUUUUACAGGUCACAACGUGAGCAGCAUUGAUGUAAUGAAUAAGACUUUACACAAGUGGGUGAAUGCCGAAAGAUUUUCAAGUUUUCCAAAAGUCACUCGUGGCAAUAUAAAUCAGUUAUUUUUAACAAAUAAGAAUUUAGUCCUCGCAGUUGUCGAAGAAAACCAACUGGAGGAAAUGACUCCAGAUAUGAUAGAAUUUAGAGACAUGAUUGAAUCGUUGAUAAAAACGAAACGAGACAAAUAUCAUGAGCAUUUUCAAUUUGGUUGGAUAGCCAAUUUAGAUCUAGUCAAUAGUAUAGCAAUGAUGGUCGUUCCUUUGCCAAAUUUAAUGGUAAUAAACACGACAACAAAUCAUCAUCACUUUCCAGACGACGAACCGGGAAAACUAACUCCUCACGUAAUCGAAAUAUUUCUCGAGCAAAUUCGGAGUGAAAAUGUACCGAAAUACGGUGGAAAUAGUUGGUUCGUCCACUUCUUUAGAUUUUGGUUCGAAACAAAAACCACUCUCACAGCAAUGUGGAAGGGAAAUCCAGUUUUAACAACAGUCAUAUUUGGUUUACCGGCGGGAUUUUUAUCUUUAAUUUGCUACGGAAUUUGCUGUCCUGAUAUUUUAGACGCCGACGACGAAGAAGAAGAAGAAGAAGAAAAGAAACAUAUAAAGAAAGACUAAGGAGAUACGACUUAAUAAUCCAGAAAUAAUAAAACAUUCCAUUGAAAUGCUGUUUAUAACAAAUUAACAAUUUAGAUUAAAACUUAAGUUUUAUCUUCCUCAUAAAAUACGAAUGUGAAAUACCUCUCAAUGGAAUUCAGGUGAGACAAUACGCAAAAAUGUGUUUCAGUGAUAUUGUAAAUGAAUAUUUUAAUUAUAAAAUACGAAAGUCAAACAUAAAGAGAAAAUUUAAGGAAAUUACUCUUAAAAACAGAUUCGAUCAAUGUGUGUAUUUAAUUUGUAAAAUGUUUUAUAAUUGACUUAGGCGUGAAUCAAAAAAGAAAGAAAAAAACUUUAGUCGAAUGUUUAAAUUUCACUCUUAUAUGAAAUAAAAAAUAAAGCAAUAAAUCUACCUGGAAAUUAAA